AUGGCACUUAUUGAUCCUGCAAUGGACGACGACUCUAUGACAGAACCUCAAACCGUAGAAAAACCUUUUAAAUGUAACCUCUGUGACUAUCGAGGCAGGCAGAAAUUUUAUCUUCAGUCACACAUGCGCACUCACACUGGAGAAAGACCCUAUAAAUGUGAAAAGUGUGAUUACUCGGCGACCACUAACGGUAACCUGACAGUUCACAUGCGCACCCACACUGGGGAGCGGCCCUUUAUCUGUAGUUUGUGUGAUUACUCAGCCAAAACAAAGAGCUGCAUUGCAGUUCACAUGCGCACCCACACUGGGGAGAAACCUUAUCAGUGUAAAAAGUGUGAUUAUUCAACAGCCAGACAAGGAAGGUUGAAAAUUCACGAUCGUACUCACACCGGAGAGAAACCUUUCGAGUGUAAAAAGUGUGAUUUUUCAGCUACCAACAGAUCAGCGCUGAAAUCACACGAACGUACUCACACUAUGGAAAAGCCGUUUUGUAACUACAGAGGGAUUGAUACGGGGGCGUUACGAAUUCAUGUGGCCCAUACACAUUCGGACGAGAGGCCGUUUGGAUGCGAACAUUGUGAUUACAGAGCCAAGGUGAAGAAGAAGUUAAACCAUCACGAGGAGAGAAGACAGAGAAGAACAAGUAAAACGAAAGAUAAAGUAGAGAUAAAGAUACUCUGGUAG